UCCAAAAUAGGGGGACAGUGGGUUCCCGCGAGGGAAACUCGGAUCAAACAAGGCGGAGGGAGCCUUUUCUCUCUCACGCACAGGGUCGACAGAAAUCUACAAGGCUAAAGAUAGAGGGUCCAUUCCAUUUUCUAUUUCUUUUCUUUUUUUCAUUUCAUCUUCUUCUUCUUCCAGUAGCUGUGCAAAUCUUACGGACAAAGAGAGAAAGAAAAAUGGAGGCGGCCAUGGGAUUGAUGAGAAGAAUCCCUCCAAAGCACACCGACACUGCUCUCUCUGCACUCCUCAGCCUCUUGCCCCACCACUCCUCCGAUCUCCUCUCUCAAGUCGAUCAGCCCCUCCAGGUUUUAUGCGAUAUAGAGAGUGGUAAGGAGUUUAUUCUGUGUGAAUACAACAGAGAUGCUGACUCUUAUAGAUCACCCUGGACAAAUAAAUACCAUCCACUUUUGGAGGAUGGGGCACUCCCAUCACUGGAGUUGAGGAAACUUGAAGUUGAAGCGAACGACAUCUUUGCAAUUUAUCGUGACCAGUAUUAUGAAGGUGGGAUUUCAUCAGUUUAUAUGUGGGAAGAUGAUAAUGAAGGUUUUGUAGCAUGCUUUCUAAUAAAGAAAGAUGGCUCAAAGACUGGGCAGGGUCGAAGGGGUUACUUGCAGGAGGGAGCAUGGGAUGCUAUACAUGUCAUUGAGGUGGGGCCAGAGGAUGAAGGAAUGGCUCAUUACCGUUUAACCAGUACUGUGAUGCUAUCUUUGACUACGGAUAAUGAGUCAUCAGGCACAUUUAGCUUGUCUGGAUCAAUUAGACGACAGAUGGAUAUGAAUCUCUCAGUUGCAGAAGGCCAUAUUUGUAACAUGGGAAGGAUGAUAGAAGAAAUGGAGAGUAAGUUGAGGAAUUCACUGGAUCAGGUAUAUUUUGGGAAGACAAAAGAGAUGGUUUGCACCUUACGACCACCAUCUGAAAUUGUGAUGAGACUGCCUGAUUGCUGAUGCAGAGGAUUCUACGGCAUGGACCAUUGGGAUAGUGAAAAUUCUUUAUAUUUCCCAAACUUGCUUAGUAGUUUGUUUUUCCUAGCAAUGAUUAUGUAGUUCAUACAUGUUUUAUUUAUUUUGAGUAUUAUUUUAGAUAAAUUUGUGCAGCAUUCUUAAACCUGUAGUAGACUUUAAAAAAAAAAAAAGGUUUGGAAUUGGUGCUGCGUGAUUGAGAGAAGAUUGACGCUCAUUGAAUUGGAAACUCCUUCGGAAUUUUGUUUCUUCUUUUAAUUUCUUCAUCAUUAUAAAGUGACAGAAGAUGGAAAAAAUUACUUGAUCC